ACAAAACGUAUUGAUAACAUUAUAUCUUGAGUAAUGUAAGCGUGAUAAUACAUAACAUAGUGUAUGUAUCCACCUUGUACAUAGUCAUUGAGGAUAUUAUGUGUACUUCGGUCGUGUCAUGGUAAACAACGGUCUAUAUAUAACUAUAUCAACCAUCUUGCUUGUCAGUUUUAUAGUGUACUAGUGAUUGUAUGAUUGUUGACUUGUGUAGCAUUUAUUUUAUUAUAUUCUUCGAUAUUUGAAACAAUAAACACACGCAAUGGUGGAAGUUAAAGUGGAACAAGGACGCCUGGAAGGAGAAGUGGUGGAGACAGUUACUGGUGAUGGGAAGUACUACAGCUUCAAAGGCAUCCCCUAUGCACAGCCACCACUGGGGAAAUUGAGGUUCAAGGCUCCUCAACCGCCUCUACCCUGGGAAGGCGUCAGAAAAGCGACAGAAUUUGGCCCAAAAUGUCCGCAGAAGUGUAUCUUCACAAACACUGUCCAGUUAGGAAGCGAAGACUGUUUGUACUUGAAUGUAUACAGUCCUGACAUAAAACCAGCUACCCCACUGCCAGUCAUGAUAUUCAUCCACGGUGGUGGUUAUAAAAGCGGUUCUGGAAACAACGAUUUCUACGGACCAGACUUCCUGGUCCCACACGGCGUUGUCCUGGUAACCUUCAACUACAGGCUCGAGGUACUCGGCUUCUUGUGCUUAGACACCAAAGACGUUCCCGGAAAUGCUGGCUUAAAGGACCAAGUCGCUGCUUUCCGAUGGGUGCAAAAGAACAUCGAAAAUUUCGGUGGAGACCCGAAUAAUGUUACAAUUUUUGGAGAGAGUGCUGGCGGUGCGUCUACUUGCUUCCACAUAAUCUCACCUAUGUCUAAAGGUCUUUUUAAGAAAGCUGCUCCAAUGAGUGGUGUACCUUUCUGCGAUUGGUCUCAAGCUUUCUUCCCACAAAAACGUGCUUUCCUACUCGGAAAAGAUUUAGGUUUUGAGACUGACGAUCCUGAUAAGCUUCUAGAAUUCUUACAAACUGUGCCAUCAGAAAAACUUAUAGAUACAAAUCCAGUGGUACUAUCCUUUGAAGAAUACAGCAAUAAUAUACUGAAGCUAUACCACUUUACUCCAGUUGUGGAGAAAGACUUUGGUGAUGGUGAAAACUUCUUAACUGAAGAUCCUAUCGAAGCAUUGAGACAUAAGAGGAUUAAUGAUGUUGACAUACUAAUUGGUUUCACGAGCCAAGAAGUCCUAUUAGGAAUACCAAUGUACGAAGAAAAACUCUUGAAGCAUUACAACCGAUUCCCAGAAGUAUUGGUACCAAGAAAAAUCCUUAUGAAAAGUUCUCCAGAAAAGAUUUUAAAAGUAGCGGAGAUGAUUCAAGAUUUUUAUUUCAAGGGAAAGCCUCUCUCAUUCGAUAUUAUGAAGGAAUUUGUAACAUACGCUACUCACGCAUGUUUUACCUAUGAUGUUAAUAGAUUUUUGUCACGCCUGCCGAAGGUUGGAGCUGGUCGAAGAUAUGUGUACCGGUUCUCCAGUUUUUCUGGUAGAAAUGUUUAUGGGGCUAUUGGAUUGAAGUAUGGGAUUCGUGGAGCUUCUCAUUUGGAUGACCUGAUGUACCUGUUUCAUGCAAACGCGCAUAAUAUUAAGCUAGAAAAGAAUACGAAAGAACACGAACUGGUUAAUUUGGUGUGCUCUGUAUUCACCAACUUCGCCAAACACGGAAACCCAACUCCUGACUCCAGCCUGGGUGUAACCUGGCCUGAAUAUAACAACAAGACUGAACAGUACGUGGACAUAGGAGACAGCCUGGAGGUCAAGACACCAGAUGAAGAUGAAGUCGAAGCUGUGGCCUUCUGGAAGAAAGUGUUUGAAUAUGCUGGAGUGGAAUAUUGAGAAAAUUUGGUUGGUUUCCUAUAAAAACGAUAAAAAUGUCAUAAGAAUUGUACUAAUAAGUGAUAUAAUUUUGUUUUAAGAAAAAUAUAUAAAAAUAA